UGUGCAUGGGCGUUGUGUGAGCUUUCCUUCAACGCGGAUACAAACCACACUCAAAAUACAGCUUAUUUAUUCUGCUAUGCCAUUCACGACGUAACAAUAGUGACAUUUUGACUAGAUAAACAACAUUUCGGCGUCAUGACCGAGUAUAAGUUAGUGGUUGUCGGGGCUGGUGGCGUCGGCAAAAGUGCCCUCACGAUACAGCUCAUUCAAAAUCAUUUUGUAGAAGAAUAUGAUCCAACAAUAGAGGAUUCCUACCGAAAGCAAGUUGUGAUAGAUGGAGAGACAUGUCUUCUCGACAUCCUUGAUACGGCAGGUCAAGAAGAAUACAGUGCCAUGCGAGACCAGUACAUGAGGACCGGGGAAGGCUUUCUCUGCGUGUUCGCGGUGAACAACAACAAAUCGUUUGAAGAUAUAAACCAAUACAGGGAACAAAUAAAGCGAGUAAAAGAUGCAGAUGAGGUGCCCAUGGUUUUGGUAGGAAAUAAAGUUGAUCUUCCAACAAGGACAGUAGACACAAAAAAUGGUAAUCAAAUGGCCGACAGAUACAGUAUUCCAUAUGUGGAAACGUCUGCAAAAACUCGACUCGGUGUCGAUGAUGCGUUCUAUACCUUGGUCAGGGAAAUUAGAAAAUAUAAAGAGAAAAAGGUUAAAGAAAAGGGCAAGGGGAAGAAACCAAGAUGCUUGAUUCUCUGAUGUGUCGCGAUAUGUCUCUUGUGUUUACUGCCUACCAUGGAAUUAUGGGAUAUGUCUGUUUGUCCUGUAGAUACGUGUUGUCCAGCAAACACGUCUCCUCUCUGCAGUUUCAUUCAUGUUGUCACAUUGUGUAAUAUACAGGGUGUCUCAAAAGUGGUAAUUCGUGAAUAAGAAGCGAAGAGAGCUCUGUGGCGUAUAGUAAGACUGAUGAAUUCCAGUGGCAUAUAGUCAGUAUUAACAUGGCCAUUCAUGGUAACACUCUAAGAGAUUUGAGAUGGUACUAUUGGUGUUAUGAUCGGUCAUAGAAGUCAAGAUUUUGUCACAUUUCUGUACUUACUCACUUUGGGACACCCUGUACAUACUAAAUUGGAUAGGCACUACUGGCGAAGUCGGAGUUGCCUUAAUUGUACUUUUGUAGAACAAUUUCUAUUGCCCGGAUGUUCAAGACUGGACACAGUUCAAUUUUAGGCUUCUUCUCAUCAUUAGUCUUGACAAUUUUCCUGAGAAUCUUUGUUGUGACAAGUUGCCCAUCCAAUAAAGGAGCAGUGAAGCAUGAAGCCACUGCAUUAAAGGCCAGUUUCAUUCAAAAUUUGGAAUGUGAGAUUAUCCAAUAAUGUAAAUAUGCAAUGAAUAUUAUUUGCACACCGAUAUGAAAACAUGCAUGGCUAGUUUCAGUGCUUUGGCAUGUCUACUUACAGCACAAAUUCACAAAUUAACAGGGCCUUUAACUGUAUGAACCUACAUACCUCACACGUACAGGGGGCGCUGUUAAAUAAAAAAGAUUCAACUGAAAAUAUGACAAGGCCAGAGAGUGGUGAGUUUGUAUAUUAUGAGUAUCACAAAAAGCUAUUUUUAUUACAAUCAUUAAUACAUCAAUCAGGUGUUGGCAUUGUACUGGUUAGGAAUUUAAAUAACAAUCGGCAGAUAACAUAAUUUGGAUAUCUUCCGUGAACACUCACGUUUGAUUUGAGUACUGUAUGAAAACGGCUUAUCAUUCCUGUGCCUUUUCCAUGCGUGCAGUCAACUGUUGACCUCUUUAUUUUGUGAACCCAAUAUCUGCCCACAUUUCUUGAAAGGGGUCAAAUUAGAUUAGUCUCUCGAAGUACCCCAAGUCUUUGUAGGGUUGAUAACAUGUCAAUUGUCAAACUGUCAUGUUAGAUAAUGUCGUGUUCAUAUUGUCAGAAUCACUUAUCAACCAUUACCAGAUUGUUUGUAUGGUACAUCACUGUGUGUUACAAGGUUGGUGAUCCUUGGCUUAGGUGACGGCCAGCCUGUUAAACCCUGAAUCUAAAGUUAGAGAUGAGCAUUCAGUACAUAAUUGUCUACUGAUAAAUAGUUCCGUUGAUAUCUGUGUCCCAUGAUUCCAUGUUGUUGGGCUGUUAUGUUAAUUUGUCUAGAUGAAUUGAGGAAAGUGUCCGGUGUGUACCCAGACACAAAUUUUUACGUACAUGUACAUGUAAAUGAUUUAAAUGAAAUUUCAGAAGAUGUGGUAUAAGAUGAUGCCAUGGGCAACAAAGGUGUCUUCAUCUGCAGAUGUUAGUCAAGAGCACCAAUGAACCUUCUUCUUAAGACAGGAAUGACCAAGAUAAAUGCUGGGCCAGUGUGUCAUGCCGCAGGCAUUAUUUUCAGACACCUUUAACUUUGUAAUGCAAAGUAAAGUUGUAUAUGUAGUUGGUCCUGGGAAAUUCAUAUUUCUUGAUAUAUAGAAGAUAAUAACUAGUAUGGAAUGACAAGUUGAUAGUAGAUUGAAAAUUGCAUUGUAUGUAACUGGCAUAACUUUCCCCUACUAAGUUUUAAAACAUAAUGUUCAGACAUCUUUGUUGACCUAUUGCAAGUAAGUAAUGUAACAGUUGCUUUGCUGUAAAUGUAGCAUAAUGAACUAAAAAAAUCUUUUCAAGGUGAAUUGUAAAAUGUGAUUCAUUUUCUAAGCUGUACAUAUUUCUGUUGAUUGGACCUGUUUUGAAAGGUGUUCGCCCGGAUAGUGGGUUGGCGUUAAGUAAAUCAAGCAAAUAAAAAGUAGAGAAGACGUAAGCCUACUGUAGACCUUGGUAUUUCGUGAAACUUACAUAUUUGCCACUUUGACAUUUCACAUCGAUGAGGAAUUUUACAUCCAGAAGGUGGCAGUACAAUUACAAUUUGGAAAAUUCUAUGAAUAAAAUUAACAGGGACUUGACAUGGCCUGGAAAUCUAUUGUAUUUGACUACUGCAAACGAUAACAGCAGCUGCCUGUGGCGAUAAGGUUCCCCAUCAAUCUUCCUGAAUUGGUCAAUUUCAUUUAUGAUGAACCCUUAGGUUGAUAAUUUUUGAACAUAAAAAAGUUAACUUUCAGGAAAUUUCACUGUUGACAGUAGCUAAUUAACCCACCUGUGUCAGAAUACGUCGGAACCUGAAAAUAUUUAGGGGAACACUGGCGUUUGUAGUUUUGGGUUCAGAAAGUCAUUUCAGGACAUUAUUGUAAUGAUUGUAGUCAAUCUGUGAUUUGUGUUCAAAUCUUUGACCUCCGUAUUCCUCCACUUUAUUGAUCCAAAUUCUUACCAUAGGAAGGCUACACCUUUUAAAGAUACAUGAUGUAUAACCCACCUACUUGAUUUGACAUUCGUGUUAAGGUCACAGAAGUAUGGCCUAAUUUGGCUGUUCAGCUAAACGUCUGUCACUUUGGAGAUAUCGACCACAAACUCUGUACACAUGAUGUAACCUAAAGUCUAACACCUCAAGGUCAGACCUGUCAGAGUGAGUGUGGUGGUAAUUAUUGUCAGUUCUGUCACCUUAUCAUAUGGUCUGACCACACUUUCUAUCUCUACUCUAAGCUGGGGCACUCCGAUUACAUUGUACGAAGCAUAGCAAAUCGCCCCAUAUUGUUUGUCUGAUCUGGAGAAAUCAAAGGAGGGAGUAUUCCAUUUCCAGAUUGUUUAUUUCUUAAUCUGUUCAAUGAAAUUAAUCAUUAAUUCGGCACUAUUUUUAGAUAUUCUAGGUUUCCAUUCAUAGAAUUCAUUGAAAGCCGAUAAGUUUCCCAACUUACACAGUUAUUUGUAUAAUCAGAUUUUUUUAUAUAUUUUAUUCUACCAAAGAACUAAGAUGAUUAGUAAAUAAGCUCAUUAGAUGGUUAUUUUGAUAUAAUUGUUCGAGAUCAUGUUAAGCCUUUGCUGAUGACUUAGAGCUUCGCUAUGGAAUCUGGUGGAAGAGCUUAUAAAGCACAUUUAGGUAGUGACUAAUGUAAUGCUGUACCCUACUUCAGCACAAUUGUUAGGAUAACUCUGAUGAAUUUAAACACACCGGUCAAGCAGUAAGAUAACUCCACUUGGAACCUUGUGGUAUCACCAAGAGGUUAGAUGCAUGUGUUCACCUGGUUAAAAAAAGACUUGCUCGUUGUUGAUCAAAUUGGUUUUACUAAUAAUUUUAAUACAGUAUGGUGGGGUUAUCCAUCAGUAACAAUUGGUGGCUAUAAGUGAAUUGUCUACAUCUCUGGUGUUUAUUUUGAUGGCAGGUAAAUUAAGCUUUAAGUUUAAUGAAUAUCUUGAUUUCCUGGUGCAGUUUGAAGCGGAAGGUUUGGAAGAGUUCAUCAUGUGGUUCAUAAAAGGAUAAAUCAUUGAAAGAAGUGAAUGUUAUUGCAGGUUCUUCAUGGCACAAGACACAGAAUACCAGUUUCUGGAAUUUCUGUUCAGAAUGAUUGUUCUGUUGCUUGGCAAAGAAAUAAAAUUGAUCAAGUUCUAUGAAUAGUUGGGGUAAAAUGAUUGGCUUAUCAACUAUUUGAUUCUGGUAUAACGUGGUUUAUAUCAGCUGUGGAACUGAAGUGCAUACCGAAAUGUCUACUUAGAUGAGUUAAUCUAUCUUGCCAGAGCCAUCAACUCUUCGUUCAGUCAUUUAUUCCGCUGACCUGCUAUCGUACAGCCUUAAUAGUUGUACCAUUUGGACCUUGAUUUGGACUCUUGGUAUGAGAAUCUUCACACCUUUUCUCAACCUUCUUUGUUGAUCAUGCUGCAUUCGUCUCAACUUGUACAUUUUCUAUCCAAUUGUUAUUAAUAAAUGAUAUUUGAGAAAGA